AUGAAAGGAAACAAACUGAAGAAGGAGUGCAUUUCCAUCUUCAUGAAUCUGGCAAAGACAACCCUUGGAUCUGGGAUACUAAGAUAUCCGUUUCUCUUCAAGACAUAUGGAGUUUGGUACACCAUUCUUCUAACGUCUGUGUCUGCUCUGGCAUCGCUUUUUGGGCUGUGGCUGUACAUCGACUUGAACGACUUCUAUGGCCUGGACAACUCGAUGUCGACAAUAGCAAGAUACAUAUAUCCUCCAUUGCAGCCGAUUGUGAAUAUAACUGUAUGUCUCAAGUGCUUCUUGGUAUGCACGGCAUACCUUGUUCUACUCAAAAAUAAUCUUCCAGGAACAGUAAAAAGCAUUUUUGGGCUGCAGAGCAGCUACCAGACCUUGUGCAUGCUCGGGGUGGUUCUAUGUGUGUUUCCAUUUGUGUCCAUGCACAAGAUCGAUAAGCUGAGGUAUACUUCUUCGUUUGGGCUCUGUGCUGUCAUAGGUCUUAUGCUGUUGUCGGUAUAUAGAUAUGCAACAGCCGAGGAUGUUCCUGUCUUUGAAGAGACAAAGGGAGGAAACUAUCUGGGAGAGCUGGGGAGCUUUGUGUUUGGGUUUACUUGCCAUCAGAACAUAUUUUCUGUGCAGAACGAAAUGAAGGUGAACAACAAGACUGCGUUGAAGAUGACUGUGUUUCUUAUGCUAGUGGCGGCGUCCUCUGUAUACAUAACUUUUGGACUCACCAAUUAUCUUGUUCUUGGUAACGGGAUGAAGGAGAACUUUUUCGAAAAUAUACCCGAGGGCAUGAAGAGCAUAAUCUCUAUGUUUUAUUUUCUUGUUGUGAUGAUGUCCAUUCCGCUGCAGACACACCCGUGCAGGAAGUACUUCCUCGAUCUCUUUGACACAAGAUACUCUACAGAUGGAAAAUACUGGCACUUAAGGUUUGUAACCAGCCUAUUCAUAAUACUACUAUCGUUUAUAAUUGCCAUGAAUGUGUCGAAGAUGGAAAAACUAUGCGAGAUUGUGGGAGGAACCUUCUCGGCUCUCAUGUGCUUUAUAUUUGGAUCGCUGUACUACUUUAUUGCCUUCUGGAACAGAGGAUUUGAGGUGAAGAAAAUACUGGCGUUCUUUGUCCUGGCAUAUGGUGUUGCGGCAUUUGUCUCUCUGUUCCUUGCGCCAUGA